AUGGGCCCCUGUACUGCCUCCUCAUGCUGCUGCCAGGCCCGUAAUCUGCCAUGGGCCCCCGUACCGACUCCUCAUGCUGCUGCCAGGCCCGUAAUCUGUCAUGGGCCCCUGUACCGCCUCCUCAUGCUGCUGCCAGGCCCGUAAUCUGCCAUGGGCCCCCGUACCAACUCCUCAUGCUGCUGCCAGGCCCGUAAUCUGUCAUGGGCCCCUGUACCGCCUCCUCACGCUGCUGCCAGGUCAAGAGUCUCUCAUGGGUCCCUGUACGGCCUCCCAUUGCUGCUGUCUCCAUCGCCACACUCUGCCACGUGCCACUUGCAGGUCUCCUCACACUGCUGGUGGUUUCCAUUUUUGUCAUAGGGUGCUGUAUGGCCUCCCAUUGCUGCUGCCUCCCACCGCCACACUGUGGCUCCACACUCUGGUUUUGGCCCCGUGACUGCCCAAAUGAGUGAAGUGUGCGGUGAUUCUAAGAUCGACGGCACUCAUCUGCAUGUCAUACUGACUGUCAGUUUUAUUUCUCUUCCCCAGCAGACUCCAAGGGCAUUUAAAUUAAAGGUACAGUGUUCUGCACUAAUAUAA